AAGAAACUUUGUGAUCAAAACAGAAGUUGAGAAAUUGAAUAGUCUCACUCUUUAAAUUAAUUAUUUAAUUAUGAAUGAUCAUUUGAAGGACCCAGUGCUCUACGUCGGCGACAUUGACGAUAAUAUCGACCUGUCACAACCCCCAAUGUCAGGGGAAGACUACAUAAAACGUGUCGUAAUUGAAGCACAACAAUGUGAGGACGUCGUUGUGGCAAGGAUCGACGAGGCCAGAUUGAAAAAACCCACCGUCAAUGUAAAAACUGUAAUUACAUUCCAUCAAUUGUUGGGAGGAUGUAUGGAGGCUCCAGCGACCCUCAGCCCGACGUACGAAUGGCAAAAAUGUCAGGUGGAUGAUUUUUCAGAGGUCAGGCUGAAUAUGUCAAGAAUAAAAGCUGAAAGGGAGAAUUAUCGUCAGUACAGGAGACGAACAGUUGAAUUUCCAGAUGUUGACGACAGAACUGGCUGGGUGAACUUCUGUCUCGGUUCGUCCCUCGAGGGAUCAUCCCCUCACCUGCCAACACUGGAUAUCAUCUUCUGUUUGAGUCAGCUCCAAGUGGAGCAAGUGUUGGAGUACCUGAUUGAAGAGGUGGAGACCAGAGGAACAGUGGAUCCUGAUAUAGGACAGUGGAUUUACGGUCUUUUAGCUGUCUUGGAGCUGCCACUCAAUCCAGACGUCUGCUCCUGCCUGAGGACGUUGGCGAGAUCUUGCUCGAUAGCCAGAGCAAAUUUGAAGCCCGAAGAGUCUGAAAAGGUCAAGACCCUCAAUUUAUUCAUCUGUUUGGUGGCCAGGUACUUCAGACAACUAGACUUAGCAGAUCCAUAAUUAAAAAAACACCUCCAGACGAAAUAAAAGCAAUUAAAAACCCAAAUUUCAUAAUCUAAAAAAAGUAUUUAUUAUUCGUUAUCAUUUACAAUUGAUUAAAUCACAAGAACAACCUCUGAAUGACCCGAAGAAUGUGAAUUCUUCUGAAUGAAGUGACGAAGGAUUAAUAUUAAAAUAGGAAAAUUAUACACCGUAUUCUUAAUCACCUAAUAAUUAUUACAUCAGUUAUAUUUUAUCCUCA